GCGCGGCGGCGGUGGUUGCUGCUGGCCGUUUCCUGGUGGUGCUCGCGGCGGCUGCUGCUGCACGGGGCGGAAGCAGGAGGCGGAGGAGGAUGCGGCGCAGGUCGCGGCUGCUGCUCUGCUUCGCCUUCCUCUGGGUGCUGGGCAUCGCCUACUACAUGUACUCGGGGGGCGGCGCCGCUGUGGCCGGCGCGGGCGGCGGCAGGAAGGAGGACCCAAAUGACAUUGAUUCACCAAAAAGAAAAGACUCACGAAGUAACAAUGGGGAGGACAAAGCACAAAGUAUGGAGACGCUACCUCCAGGAAGAGUUCGAUGGCAAGAUUUCGAUCAAGAUGCCUAUGUUAGUGCUACAAUGGUUCGAUCUGGUCAGGACCCAUAUGCUCGGAACAAAUUUAAUCAAGUAGAAAGUGACAAACUACGAAUGGACCGAAAUAUACCUGAUACCAGGCAUGAUCAGUGUCAACGGAAGCAGUGGCGGAUAGACUUGCCAGCCACUAGUGUAGUGAUCACCUUUCAUAAUGAGGCAAGAUCUGCUUUACUUCGAACAGUUGUCAGUGUUCUUAAAAAAAGUCCAUCGCACCUUAUCAAGGAAAUUAUAUUAGUGGAUGACUACAGCAAUGAUCCUGAGGAUGGUGCUCUCUUGGGGAAAAUAGAGAAAGUGCGUAUUCUUCGAAAUGACCGUCGAGAAGGCUUGAUGCGCUCUCGUGUCAGAGGGGCAGAUGCAGCACAGGCUAAAGUACUGACGUUUCUGGAUAGUCACUGUGAAUGUAAUGAGCACUGGCUGGAACCUCUUCUGGAGAGAGUAGCUGAGGACAAGACCAGAGUUGUGUCUCCUAUAAUUGAUGUAAUUAAUAUGGACAACUUCCAGUACGUGGGGGCGUCAGCUGAUUUAAAAGGCGGCUUCGAUUGGAACUUGGUAUUCAAAUGGGAUUACAUGACGCCAGAGCAAAGAAGAGCACGGCAAGGAAACCCUGUUGCUCCCAUAAAAACACCAAUGAUAGCUGGUGGGUUAUUUGUGAUGGACAAAUCCUAUUUCGAAGAGCUAGGAAAGUAUGACAUGAUGAUGGAUGUUUGGGGUGGAGAAAAUCUAGAGAUUUCAUUCAGAGUUUGGCAGUGUGGUGGGAGCCUUGAAAUUAUCCCAUGCAGCAGAGUGGGCCAUGUCUUUCGCAAACAGCAUCCUUACACAUUUCCUGGUGGGAGCGGUACUGUGUUUGCAAGAAAUACACGUAGGGCUGCAGAAGUCUGGAUGGAUGAGUACAAAAAUUUCUACUAUGCAGCAGUGCCUUCUGCCAGAAAUGUACCUUAUGGCAACAUUCAAAGCCGAAUGGAGUUGAGGAAGAGACUUAGCUGCAAACCCUUCAAAUGGUAUCUUGAAAAUGUCUAUCCUGAGUUAAGGGUACCUGAUCAUCAAGAUAUAGCUUUUGGGGCUCUGCAGCAGGGCACCAAUUGCCUCGACACUUUGGGCCACUUUGCAGAUGGUGUUGUUGGGGUUUAUGAAUGCCAUAAUGCAGGGGGAAACCAGGAAUGGGCCUUAACAAAGGACAAGUCAGUGAAACACAUGGAUUUGUGCCUUACUGUUGUGGACAGAGCCCCUGGUUCACUAAUAAAACUACAGGGUUGCAGGGAAAAUGACAGCCGACAGAAAUGGGAGCAAAUUGAAAGCAACUCUAAACUGAGGCACGUUGGCAGCAACCUGUGUUUAGACAGCCGAAAUGCCAAAAAUGGUGGGCUUACUGUUGAGGUUUGCAGCCCUUCUCUAUCACAGCAGUGGAAGUUUACACUUAAUUUGCAGCAGUAGAAGGGCUCACAUGCAAAAUGCCAUUUCACUUCCUAGACAUUGGGCAAAGUUUUGAUUACAUUACUGAUAUAUUUCUUAAACUUUCCACGGAACUUAUAUACCUCAGUAUUCCAUCUUUGUCUGAAAGUAGGAGAGAACUAAAGCAAACACAAGGGAACCAAGGGGACUUGGAACACUGCAAUUCUCACUGAACACAACUGCAGCACAGUUCCUUUGUUGUGUGAAGAUUUACCAGUUCCUUUCUGACAUCAGCUUACUACUUGCACAGCAGAUGAUUAACAUCCCAAGGAACAAUUGAUGUACAGUAGAAAAUGGAUCUCAAUACAAAGGGAGGGAGGGAAGCUGGGUGCGGGGAGGGUGUGGGGCAAAAUGCUAGGAGAAGAUCAUUUGAAAUCUCCAUUUACAUAGAAAUCAUUUGUGGUUUCCAGAAACUGAAGUGUCAUUUUGAAGGUUUUUUCCAUGUGUACUUGGUAUAUUUGAAUAUGAACUUUUCUAUGAUGGACUCAAAAUAUAUAUGUUCGUUCCCAAUUGUUUAUAUCUAUUUUCAUCAUCCUAUAACUAUCAACAAAGCCAGUUAACAUACAUUGGUAAUUGGAAAUUGGAUUGAGAUGCUAUGAAAGAGCAGAACUCUGUGUAGAUGCAGAUUUUGUGCUGCUGAGCGUAAUGUCCAUGCAAACACUGGAUACUUUUGUUUUGCAAACUGGAUCUAUUUCAUAGUGCUUCACCCUCACUGAAGAUUAUGGAACUCAGGAGGAGGAGGAAGAGGAGGAAAUGGCAGGACAAAUGAAUGUGUCUGCACAGGCCCUUGCUUGGAUUCUCUCUUCCAGUUUGAGAAUUCAGCACGAUUGCUUGGGGUAUAAGAAAACUGGUACUUGAUAUUUUGUUUUGAACAUUUCUGUAGUUCUUAAUUUUUAAAAUACUCUUUUCUUUUAUUACAAACAGUGUGUACAUGGUGCAGCUCUUUCACAGGUGCAGCCAUGGAGGUUCAGCACAGCUUUCUGUUGGGCCUUAAUCAGCUUAAUUUCUUUGUCUUAAACUCCCUUUUGAAUUUUAAAGGUAAGAUGGAACAGCAAUGUCAGUCUCAACAGAUAGCACAAGAUCAUGGUAUUAAUUUGCAAGGAUGAGCAGCUACAAAAUCUCUGAAUUGCACUUGCUUAAUUUAUAAACCUGCAUGGGUUGUGUUUUUUGUUUUUUGUUUUUAAUUUUUUCUCAGAACAGGGUUUCAGAUGGAUCCAGGCGUGGCUCUGGGAACUAGUUUGGGUAUCAGCCAAUCCUAAAUGAUAUUUCUAACCUUAGAAAAAAUACAUUUUACAGCUUCAGUGCAACUGAUGUCAUUUUUUAUAUUGAAAUAAUACUGUUAAAGCUGAGUUGACACUGACUUCGGUCUCUCUUAUUCUUAUGUAUGCAUAGACUAUAUACUUUGUUAAAACAAGAGUUGCUUCAAUGAGCUUUUAAAACUAAAAGGAAAAAUACAGAAUCAGUGGCAGCACUAGUAAGUAUCACAAAUUACUGAAGAUGCCAAGUACAUAAAUGACUUUGGUAAUAUGAUGGAUCUCAGACAGACUGUGGGUUGACUUAUAAAGAAGAAAGCUGAAGAAAUACUUUACUACACUGUACAGUGGCUUUUUCUCCUUUUUCAGUUUCUGAAAGAGUAUUUCAAGAGCUGCAGUUUCCUUUGGCUGCAUUUAUACAAUUAAUGGAACUCUUCCAUGCAAAAUGGCUUUUACUUCUGAGUGCCAGACAUUAAAAUAGCAGGCCAAGAAAUGUCUGACAUGCCAGCUGCAGUUAAAAUGGUAUGCAUUUAUGGGAUUCACAAAGGCUUCCUUUUGGAUGCAUUGGCAACAGUGAAGGAAGGGAUUGAAUCUGAAGCACUUCUGUCCUCUAUCCAACUUUCCUGCCAAUGCAACGGACAUCUUCCUUUUCCUUACCUAGCUGCAUAUCUUCCUUCCAUUAAAAUCAUGGGAUUUGCCUGUUUAAAGAUGGUAUACAGUGGAUAAACUAGUCUCCAGUCUACAGUGGAUAAACUAGUCUCUACAGUGUAUGAUAAACUGAUCUCCAGAAUUCCUUCCUUCCCCUACAUAGUAGCUUCGAAUUUGCUGAGGAAUGGUCUUCAAGUAUGGGAUUCAACGAUUCAGAAAAGUAGUGCAUAAUGGAAGUUUUUAGUCCUCUUGAAAAUAAAUGCUGAAUUCUUGGAUGAUGGCUUCAGCAGCAAAUUGGUUAAAGUUUACCUAUUCUGAAAAGAGAAUUUAAAAGGAACGUACACUAAAUUCCUAUUGUCCUUACAGUGACUAAACAGAUAAGCAGCUGCUAAUUGAAAUCAGUAUUGAAACAUAGAAGAGCAUGGACCUCACUCUUAGCUCCUAUCCAAUCAGGGUUUUUUUGCAAGCAAAAAGUCUUAAUUUUUGUUCCCUUCUUCCCCUGGGUUUUGAAUGUCAGCCUACCUAUUGUAAGACAGGAAUAUAUCUCUAAACCCCUGUGGAUGCUGUAUGCGUGGGCCUUAAUGUAGGAGCUGUAUAGUGUAAAACACAUUGCUGUUCCUUGGGAGCAGAACUGAAGUGGUAUCCUUUUAUUAGAUAUGUUUACAUGACACUGUGCCAAAGUCAUUUACUGUGAUUUUUAAUUUUUUAAAGCAUCAGGAUUCAGCCCAUUUUUAAGAAAAAAAUUAAGAGCCCUUGAAGCAAAUUGUAGUGGGGGUCUUCUGAGAACUUUUCCCCUUAGUCUUAAAAGCAAAAAAUUAUGGUACAUGCAAGUUUGUUUUGCUGGUUUUCUUUCCACCUCCCCGCCCCUACCUAACCCACCACCCAAAAAAACAUAUUUUGAAAAUUGUCUUUUGAGUUCGUUUAAAGAAUCUGCUGUACAGAGCUUGUACUUUGUUCAUUUUAUAGAUGGAAACCAUCCUUGAAAAUUGUUUAACUUAAAUAAAGAAAUACUUUAUAGAAAA